CGAGGUGCUUGAGCAAGACGCCGGCAGCUUGGCAGCAAGCAGAGGUGCAGCGAGCAUGACGAUCCGGCUUGCAGCGCUGCUAAUCUCCGAGCUGCGGCCGCAGCGAUGCCAUGCAGCCGGCGGGGCAUGAGGGGCACCUUGCGUAAGCCCCUCCUCCGAUGUACACCUUGCUCGCUUGCUUGCUCGCUCUUCCCGCAUGCCUCAAGUACCGUACCCUCUCGCGCCGAACUUCUGCUCACUCAGACCACAUCUUCACACUUGAAUCUUAAGGGAACCACCAUGUCCCUCGCCAAGGUCGACUACGCCAACUCGACGGCGCUCGUGACGGGAGCAACGAGCGGCAUCGGGCGCGCCAUUGCCCUCGAGCUCGUCUCGCGCGGACUCGCGCGGCUGGUGAUCGUGGCGCGCAGCGAGGAGAAGCUCAACGCCGUCGCCGCCGAGCUUAAGCAGGCGUCGUCGGCGCUCGAGGUGCGAACCGUCGCGGCCGACCUCGAGAAGCAGGACGUCGGCGUCGAGAUCCAGAAGCAAGUCGAGCAGGCGGGCUGGAACAUCGACAUUCUCGUGCCCAACGCGGCGCGUGCGGCCAAGGAGGUCUUUGCCAGCGAUCUCAAGACGGACACGGCGCUGGCGACCGUCGAUCUCAACGUGCGGGCGGUGGUGGAUCUCUCGCUGCGCUUCCUGCCCGGCAUGGCGCAGCGCCGCAGUGGCGGCAUCCUCAACAUCGGCAGCACGGCGGGGCACCAGCCUGUGCCUUUCACGGCCACCUAUGCAGCCAGCAAGGCCUUCCUCAUCUCCUUCUCGCAGGCCAUCCGCGAGGAGCAGCGCGACGCGGGCGUGCGUGUGGCGUGCAUCGUGCCGGGCAUCACGCAGACGAACCUCGGCGGGCCGGGCCAGGGCGAGCGCCGAGGCGCGCUUGACAAGGUCAGCAUCCACCAGCCCGACGAGGUGGCCAAGGCCGCCGUCGACGCCUACGAGGCCAACGCGCCGACGCAGGUCGUCGGCUUCAACAACAAGGUUCUCCAGGCCGCCAUCAACGUGCUGCCGGCCUCGACGACGGCCGCCGUCAUCUCCAAGGCGCGCGGCCACCCGGACCAGUACAGCUGAGCUCGCUGCACGCAGCUCGGCACCUCGUCUCGUUCAGGCUUCCGUCUAGCUAUGCCCCCGUCACCUCGCUGUCUCUCUACGUGGAAUUCA